CAGAAUCAAGAAACGUACAGGCGAAGAAAAGGCAAAAAUGGGGCUCACUCCCAAAGGCUUUCAUACAGGCUUAAGCUGCGAACAGCGCAAGCGAAAAGGAGUCGCCUGAGUGUCCUGCAGGCUAAAUCACUCAUGAAGCAAAUGAAAGAAAAGAAUGCACGGAAUGAUUCUGCAGCAUUUGAAGAAGCGGUGAAAGCCCUACCCAUGAAGCAACAGCAACAAGUCAAGGCGUGCUUUGCAGCGGCAAAGAGAAAAUCCACGAAAGGAAUGAAGUACGAAAGUGAAUGGGCUCUAGAGUGCCUGAUUAUGUGCAUGAAAAGCCCCCGCCUCUAUGAGCACAUACGCAAAAACAACAUCAUGGCGUUGCCAUCUCGAACAUCACUGCGUCGAUAUCUCAAGCGUUACAGGAGUGGGUUCGGCCUGAGCGAAAAAACGUUUGCUGCUGUAGCGGAAAAAACAAAAUCUAUGGACUUGUUCCAGCGCCAUGGUGGACUGUUAAUUGAUGAGAUUAAGCUAUCCGAACACUUGAGCUUGGGACCCGAUGCCACCAUCGAAGGUUUUGUGGACCUUGGGAAGUUCACGCCAGAGAGUGAGCGCUCCGUAGCAUGCGACCAUGGCCUUGUAGUGUUGUUCGUGCCUUUUACAGGCACGUGGCACCAGAUUAUUGGUGUGUUCGCAUCACGGAGCAAUGUGAAGUCCGAGACGUUAGGAAAAAUAAUCCUCGAAUCAGUGGUCAUGUGCGAAAACGCCGGUCUGCACGUCGACUUUAUCACCACUGAUGGAGCUGCGUGGAACAGAAGUAUGUGGCACUCAUUCGGCAUACACGGCACGAAAGAAAACACAGUCUGUAGAAGGCAACACCCUACAGACCCAGAACGUUUUCUGCACUUCAUCUCGGACUUCCCACACCUUGUUAAAUGUGUGAGGAAUACUUUUGUUUGAACGGGCGUGAAACUGCCAGAAGGCCAUGCCAGUGUUGACCCCAUUGACUGCGCCCGGAAGCUUGAUGAACAGCAUGACACGACUCUCAAAGCCAUGCCUCAUAUUAGCAAAUCGGUCGUGCAUCCCAAUGGCUUUGAGAAAAUGAGGGUAAAUUUAGCAGUGCGGCUUUACAGUGAUGAAGUCCUCAGAGGCCUUUUCUUGUACAAUGCAAUCAUCGAAGAAAAGCAUGGGAGCACGGCGGCGACUGUCAGCUUUGUGGAAAGAAUGAGAAGGCUCAUUGAGGCCAUGACUUCAAGGUGCAGCUCAGGUGCACUUAAGCCUGGAGGGACGCAAGAGAAGUGCAUUCAAAACUUCUUGGCUUACCUGGACGACUGGGAAACAGCUGCUGGCUCCGGAGGUUUCCUUAGCCGCAGUACAGCCGAGGGACUUCGUGUUACCUUGUCAAGCACGCUACACCUCCUCCGCUACCUGACGACGAAGUUGAACUUCAGUUAUAUGAUGACAUGCCGCUUGAGUCAGGACCCCCUAGAGAGGCUGUUUGGAAUCGUCCGACAAAUGUCUGGAUGCAAUGAUCAUCCGACUGCCUCCCAGUUCCUCAUCUCGGUCAACACUUUGAGCUUCCAGAAUUUGGCAAAGCCACCGAAAGGAAGCAAUGUGUCCUCAGGACUGCUGAGAAGUCUGCUAGGAGCUGACAACGGAAAGGAUCUCGCUCCUCAGAGGAAGUUAGAUGAGCUUCUCGACGCAGGAAACCUCGCCGAAGCACAUGAAGUACUCAGUGACUACGGCCACGGCACCGAGCAUGCUGACAUGGUCGUGCAAAGCAGCGAUUCCAGACUCAUAUACUACAUGGCUGGCUACGUGGCAAGAAAAAGCAUUGCAAGCACCAAAUGUGCAGAGUGCAGCCAGCAGCUCCUACAAGGCGAGAACGAUUCAUCUCCAGCUGCAGCAUCCCUCACUGCUGCUGUUGACCGAGGAGGCCUGAUGUACCCAUCAGCCAAGCUCAACGCACUCGUGACCACUCUCGAGAACACUUUUACCCACUGCUUCAGUUUGAGAGAAGUCAAACCUGACAGCAUCAUGGACAUGGUUUCCUUCUUGCAGUUAAGGAAGCUUACACUUGUUGGCUGCCCUGACCACUGUAUGUCCCUCACGAACAAAAUUAUCAAGUUUUAUGUGCUUUCUAGGCUCCACUUUCAUGUCAAGGCCCAAAACAGCAAGCGAAACGCUAAACAGGAAAGAAUAAAGUUGCUAAAGCUUAGACGCGUGCUCUGAGUUUGAUAUUGUACGUAACUCUAAGCUCGAUUGAUUUUUUUUUUACCUAGUGGAAAGUGAUUGUAUGUCUCUGAUUACUUAGUGCCAAACGAUGCACUGUCUGCGUGCAAUGUUUCAUUGUUUUUAACUACACACGAGCAUAUGUAAAUGUGCGUAUUUCUUUUUUCAUUAUUUUACCCUGUAUUCCAUGAUGUGCAAUAGCUCUUACUAACAACAUGAUGUGCAAUAAAUAUUUACUAUGUUU